GCAGCAAGCCUGGCAGCAGCAGCAGCAGCAGCAACCCAGGCAGCAGCAACAGCAGCAACCUAGGCAGCAGCAGCAGCAACCUAGGCAGCAGCAGCAGCAACCCAGGCAGCAGCUUCAAAAGGGUCUAGAGCCUGGAAGUCCACUAGAUGCUACAGGCCAAGGUCCAACCCCUCAGGCAACUUCUCCAUGGCCCGCUGUAAGCAGAGCUGGGUAUCGAGGGGCAGAAAGGAGUGGAAAUGGAAGACAGGGACUGCAACAGCCAUCUACGGAGAGCCUCACACAGGCUAUGGCACGCGUUGGACUGGAACCUGGUGCUGUUGGAGGUAACAGCAGCAGUAGUGGUGGAGACAAUGGUGGUAGAGAGGUGGGUAACGGUCGGUCUGUUGGACGAGGAGUCCAACGUGGGAGGAGAGAGAUAAGUCAGAUUGUUUGGACUAAACCUUCAACUAUCACAGUGAAGAAGGGUGGUGCUGGUCAGAGCAUUAAUGUUUUGACAAACUACUUCAACUUGGUUAAAAAGCAAAACUGGAUGUUGUGCCUGUAUCAUGUUGACUUUAGUCCAGAUGAGGAUCGGACCAGAGAAAGAAAACAACUUCUAAGGCAGCACCAAGAAGUAUUAGGUGCAAAUUACCUUUUUGAUGGAAUGCAGCUUUAUCUUCCUGUCAAACUUGGAGCAGAGGUAACAGAACUCGCUUCCAAACGAGAAUCUGAUGAAUCGAUAUACACAGUGAGGCUAAAGUUCAUCAAAGAGUUGAGCCCUUUGGAUUCCCAAUAUUUACAACUGAUGAAUAUUAUUUUACGUCGCUGUAUGGAUUUCCUCGGUAUGCAAGUCAUUGGGCGUAACUACUUCAGUUCUAAGGAUAAAGUUCGAGAUGAGAGAUACAAAGUUGAAAUAUGGCCUGGUGUUUGUACGAGCAUUCGCCAUCAUGAAAAUUCCCUCCUUUUAAAUGUUGAUGUAAUGCACAAGUUCCUUCGAGCAGAAACAGCCUAUGAUGUUUUACGGAAGUGUGGACAAGCGAAUUUAGUAGCCGAAGCUGGCAGACGAUUGCUAGGAUCUAUUGUAAUGACACAGUACAAUGAGAGAACAUACAGAGUGGAUGAACUGGAUUGGCAGCUUCAUCCUACUUCCAAGUUUUCCUACAGAGGAGGAGAGAUAACAUACAUGGAGUAUUAUGAGAAGAAUUAUCAAGUAAAGAUUCGCGAUGUCCAGCAGCCAAUGAUCAUGUCAAAGCCGAAGAAACGUGACUUACGAAGAGGCUCUGGUUGUAUUUAUCUUGUGCCAGAAUUGUGUACAAUGACAGGACUUACAGAUGACAUGAGAGCUGACUUCAAUAUGAUGAAAGAUCUUGCUCAGUAUAUGAGGAUGGGCCCUGAUAAACGUGUUAAAGCCUUGCUGCGUUACAACAAGGACUUGGCAGCUAAUGUGAAAGCGAAACAAGAGAUGACCCACUGGGGCCUAGAGGUGUCCCCAUCGUUGGUCUCGGUUCAAGGCCGGAUGCUGCCUGAAGAACAGAUUAUAGUAGGAGGGCAAAGUAUAAGUUUUAAUCGUAGAACUUCAGAUUGGUCUCGAGAAACACGUUCAAUGAUUCUCAACACACCUGUUGACCUUAAGCACUGGGCGAUUAUCUACCCAAUUAAGUUCAGUGAUGAUGCACGUGAACUGGUUACCCAUUUGCAACGGGUUGGAAAGCCCAUGGGCAUGAAUCUUGCCAAUCCUUCUACAUUUGUUUUGCGUGCCGAUGGUGCUAAUGACUAUGUAGGUGUGUUGAACCAGUGUGCAGGAAUGGAGCUCGUGAUGGCGAUACUGCCCAAUAAUCGUGCUGAUAGAUACAAUGCCUUCAAGCGUCAUCUUAGUAUUAAAAUGGGUAUCCCUAGUCAGUGUAUUUUGAGUAGAACACUCUUCAAGAAGCAGCGCUUGAUGUCUGUAGCAACAAAAGUUGCUAUUCAGAUGAAUUGUAAAUUGGGUGGUGAACCAUGGAGUGUUGCAAUCCCCAUUAAGAAUGCCAUGGUUAUUGGGUACGAUGCCUACCACGACAAGAUGUCGCGUGGUGCUUCAUAUGGUGCAGUUGUGUCCUCUCUAAACCAGCCCUGGACUCGCUACCUCUCUCAGGUUGCCAGACAUUUUAACCAGGAAGAGCUGACGGAUAACUUUGCAUUGGGUGUAAAAAAUGCAGUGACUUGGUACCAGAAAGAAAAUGGCUGUUACCCCAACAUGAUAGUGGUGUACCGGGAUGGGGUUGGUGAAGGACAAAUUGAGUAUGUCAAGGAACACGAAAUAGCUGCAAUUAAGAGGUGUUUUGAAGAAGCGCUUCCAAAGCCACCGAGGUUGGGUUUCAUAAUCGUGUCAAAGAGGAUCAAUACUCGAAUGUUUCUGGAAAAUAGAGGCCAAAUUGAGAAUCCAUUACCUGGUACUGUGAUAGACGAUGUCAUUACACUUCCUGAGAGGUAUGAUUUUUUCUUGGUGUCACAAAGUAUCAAUCAGGGAACUGUGAGUCCAACAUCUUUCAACAUAAUUGAAGAUACUACGGGAUUGCAACCAGACCACAUGCAACGUCUUGCAUACAAACUCUGUCACACUUACUUCAAUUGGCAGGGGACUGUACGUGUACCUGCCCCAUGUAUGUUUGCACACAAACUGGCAUACAUGACUGGUCAAACUGUCAAUGAUCGUCCUCACCAAGACCUAGUGGAUCGACUGUGGUAUUUGUAAAUGAAUUCUGGUGUUGACCAUCAGCCAGGUCAGAUGACAAUUUUAUUAAAAUGUUUAGUUGGCUGAAAAUUAUAUAGUAUUAUGCAUAUAAUCAUUCAACUUCAGCUGGGAAAUUAAGUACCGUAGAGGUAUUCAUUGCUAUCAGAAAGUUGAGAGAAUGCCAAUGAAGUAUGUGUUAAAUUCACAUUAAAGUUAUUAUUGAAAAAUAUAAAGCGUUGAAGGCUAAUCAGCAAAUUUAUUGAAAAAUAAAUAGUGCCGGAAAUUUGUGAUUAAAUGCUUGAUAAUUUACAAAAUACGGCUAGUCAGCUAGAACAGGUUAAGUGUACACUAUAGAUCUAUAUCUUCUAGGGUUAUCUAUAUAACUUUUUAUUCCAUUUGUGGCUGGAUGGUGGUAGUCAUGUACUGUGUUGGGCAUGGUGACGCCGGAGGUCAUUGAUAUAGCCGCCAAUGGUGUGUGUAGCUGGGAAGCUAAUGUAAUAAUUUUGCAACAUUUUGGUUAUAAAAAAUGUGUACAUUUUCUAUUAAAUAUUUUUAGAAAACUUUUGUAGAAACUGUUAGUAUUUUUUUUUUUUUACUUAAGGAAUCAAAAUGUUUGUUGCAGGAAUGCUUCCAAUUAUAUAAUGGUAGUCAAUGAUAAAUUAGGAUUUACUUAAUGGGAUUUCACUUUGGAGAGCUUCUCAUGA